UAUCAGAAUUACUUCCACUCUUACAAGGAAAUCCUCCACGAGGACUUCUGCAUGUACGGCAAAAUCGAUGGUCUCCUGGACUCGCUCACGAAACUUACCGGCGUGAAGAAUUGGACGAAUGUCUUGGCAGAAACAGAAGAGGUUACUCGAUCCGUGGAACCACUUCUCCAGCAAUACGACCGAAGCAAAACCCUCCAGUUAUGCGAGAUCACCGAAGCCGAAGCCUUGGCCAUGUUCAAGCUCUACUACGACAGCACGUUCGUCUGCCAGUACGCCAAGGCAAGCGCACCUUUUGGUUGCGAGUCUUCAACCCAGCUUCCCAUCAGCCAGUGCUUCUCCCUGGCGUACGCCAACUCCCUUUUGCUGUACACCGUGUUCAGCGCGAUGUGCGUCAAGAUUUUCUUCGCCGCCAAGAAGGAGGAACCCGAGGAAACCGCCGCAAAGGGAACCGUCAACAACGAGCGCAUGUUCCAGGAGAACAAAGUGUGAAGUCGACGAGCUGGACAUGGACCACCUCGCAUGCAACAACAACAACAACAACAAUCUCCGCAUCGCUUACCCGCACACGCCGUGAACUCGAAAAGUUCACGCGCGGAGCCGGAGACGGAGCGACGCCGUCUUUUCAACAAUAAUCGUUACCGCGUGUAAUGUCACAUACCCUGCUUUGACAUAUCGAACGCG